AAAAAAAAAAAAAUGGUGAAGAACAGUGAUCCAAGCGUGAAUGAAAACGAUUUUUUGCUUGCAGCAUUAAAAGCAAAUCAACGUGUAGAUGGCCGUGGAAUAUACGAUGUACGCUCUAUAGAAUUAAAGUUUGGAUCAGAUUAUGGUCAAGUAGAAGUACAACUUGGUAGAACAAGAAUCUCUGCGACCGUUUCAGCCCAAGUGAUACGACCACGUCAAGAUAAACCUACAGAAGGACAACUCGUUUUCAACACAGAAAUAUCACCCAUGGCCAGUCCUUCAUUUGAAGCAGGAAGUCGUUCAGAACAAGAAGUGAUGAUUAGUCGACUGAUUGAGAAGUCUAUGCGUCGUAGUCGUGCUAUUGAUACAGAAGGUUUAUGUAUAGUUGCUGGGGAAAAGGUGUGGCAGAUACGGAUAGAUCUUCACUUUUUAGAUCAUGAUGGCAACUUGGUGGACUGUGCUUCUAUUGCGGCAAUUACGGCAUUACUACAUUUUCGACGACCAGAUGUGACUGUAGUAGGAGAAGAAGUGACUAUUCAUCCAGUAGAUCAACGGAAUCCAGUACCUUUAAGUGUCCAUCAUAUACCAAUCUCAAUUACAUUCAACUUUUUUGAUAAAGGAAAUCUAUUGGUGGUGGAUCCAAGCUAUUUAGAGGAACAAGUUAAAGAAGGUGAUAUGACAAUGACGAUGAACAUUCACAAAGAAAUUUGUUCAUUAACAAAAGCUGGUGGUAUUCCUUUGGAAAUGGAUCAAAUCUUAAGGUGCUCUCAAAUCACUUUGGUUAAAGUCAAUGAUAUUUCUGAAAUGAUUCAAAAAGCUUUGGCCGAUGAUAAGGUUUCUAGACAAAAGAAAUAGUGGUGAUGAUAUAGAUUCGUGUAUAGUUAGUUGUAUUACUUUUUUUUUUUUUAACCCGCAAACAAAUAAAAAAUUUUCCCACGACUUUUUGUCAGUUUUCUCACA